CGCUUUUUGUGGCAGUUGUACUGUAUGUUUAUUCAAUAAUAAUUCUCUAUAACUAUUCUAUACGAGUCUAUGAUAUAGAUAUAUAAGAAUGAUUGGGGAGACAAAUGAGGAUGGUUUAUGAACAUAAUGAGGAGAAUUAUAUGAAAGAAGUAUGCAUGAAAUGAUGGGAUGAGCAGAAUGUGUUUAGAAUGCUGGUAGUGGUGGCAGUAGUAGUAGUAGUAGUUGUAGUAGUAAGUAGUGGAGGAUGAUAAGAGAAGUGUUCGUUUUUCAAGAAAGAUAGGGAUGUCGUCGUCAUGUGAGGUAUAUGCUUGGGAUCUUUGCGCUUGUACGAGAGGAAACAAAAACCAGAUCUUGGGUGGGUCAAUUACUUGGACUUGUUGUAGUAGAAUACAUCAUUCUUGCAUUCCUGUGCAUAGGUGUAAGCCAUGGCACCUGCAGCAGUGGAGAGGGCCAACUUCUUGCCAACCUGGGUAGCAGUAGCACCGGCAGCGAAACGAACAAUACGGCUGUACAUGGUUGUAUUUGGAUGUGGAGACGAGUAAGAGAGUAAGAGAGAGAGAUAAGAGCUCUUGUUGUGGUUGUAA